UCUCGUCUGGACGCUUGACAAAUGAGGAUACAAUACAUAACUAAUCAGAUCAUUUGGCGCUUCUCUGAUUCAUUCUCUUGUAUAUUUUUGUCUUUCUUUUCUGGUGUGGAAGGUUGAUUCCGUUGGGUUGAGUUGCAGCAAGAUAGACACUGCUGGCGCCCUGCUGAAAAGAUAUAUACAUGCGUCGAUAGUAUAUACAUGCGUCGAUAGGACGCGACUUUGGAUGCCCUCGUGACGGUCAACAAGAUGUCCCUCCUGGACUACUGGGACACCCAGCGCCCGCCUGUAAAGCGCCAAAAAACCACAUCCGAAGUAUCGACGCCCGAUCCCAAGCAAUCCACGCCGCAAAUUGAAAAGGACGAUAUCAACGAUUCUCUUUCGGAUGAGAGUCCCAGAGAGAAGGCUCUCGAUGCAAGAUCCUUAGUUCCUGCGGAUGAAGAGCAGGCGGAGGUACCGGUGAAGGAUGAGGAGCACGACAUUCCAAAUAGUCAAACUGAGCUCGAGUCUUCCCUUCCUACUGUGCAGACGGAUAGCCGAGCGAUCGAGGAAUACGAAUCUUCGCAGAGAGUGAAGGAGGAGGAGGAGGAGGAGGACUCGCUGCAGCAAAGGAUGCAGAAUGGAAAGUGGCGAAAGGGAAAGAGCUCGAUCUAUGUGGAUGCGUUCAAUCUUGCGCUGGAGACUGUCCUUGCGGAGGAGGCGCACCUUUUCAACGAGAUUGAAAGAGAAAUUUUCCGGCAUUGGGAGGAGUUGUCUUAUGAGUCGCAGUAUUUAUACGUUCGUCUCUUCCUACGCAAGACUUCGGCGUGGCAUCGUGUCAGUAAAUUGGGCUACUACUCGGAUAUUGCCGAUGUACCGCGUGUGGUAACGGACCUCCAGAAAACGAGGAACCUUUCUUCUACUUCACCUCCGCUUGUCGAUGAGAAUGCGGAACCCGCUGAUGCUAAGGUUCCACCAACCGACCUGGGGUUGGAUGGGGCAUUCAGAUUCGCGGAUGCCAUUGAUCAGAUUACUACUUUAGAAGAAGCGUCGUCAUUACUACUCCUUGAUGAACUGAAAGUUCUUGGGAAAGAGGCCAGGGUACAAGGGAAGAGUAAACAGGAGCUGAUUGCAGCUUUGCAUGAUUCAAGCCAGAAACAGACCGGACUUGGGUGGAAUUCUGGUGCAUCGAGUUCCAAUCGAGAGGAACAUUUUAUGGCGAAAAUUCUCGACUACACAGGCGACUGCAUCCGUCUUGCCUCUGGCCCUCGCGCUCUUUUUGAGAGGGUGCAUUUGGUCUUCUAUCGGUCUACCGAAUGGACCGACAAAUCCCUCACAACCAUCAUCCUCGCCAAAAUAUCCCGCAGGAAUUUUCCCGAAUAUGUUGUCUGUCGGUCCGGCUCACUUUUCCCCUCUCGAGAAGUCCUCCUGGAAUUCGAAUCCGCGUUACGGACGCAGUUUAGAAUCGACAAUAUCCUUGAGUUCAACGGGGCCCCGCAGAAAGAGCGGCUGGAGGAGAUCAAAAACCUCGCAGACACUGCCUAUCCACGGUGGAGAAUCCUGCUCGAAGAAGAGCAACGCAAGGAAGAUACUAUUUACGAGUCUGGCGAAGGCGCAUAUCUGCGUCGCUUUUCCCCGGCUUGGGUUUAUACCCGAAUCCUUCACAAGGGGCUCAACCCCCUUGGACGGUUUAAAGAAUACAAGGAAGAGCAUAGACUUCUGACCGAACUACUGACCCAGAGAUUGUUUCACCCCGCGCGAAGGGGUGCCUGGUAUCAGCGCAAAGCCCUUUUAGAGGAGCACUACAUGUGGAGCCUGAUGCCCUCUGAAGGACGCAGCGAGGACGCACAGAGGAAGCAUUGGAAACGGAUUGCGCUGCGAACCUGCGAAGAAGCCCUGGAAGACCGGUGCUGCCAUUUGAUCUACCACUACGAUCUCCAAAAACGGAUCCGAAAGCUCGAAAGAGCGCUGAAAAUCGUCAAACGAGAACAGCAUGACUUCGGCCACGUCGCGCUCAUAAAACCCGACGAACGCACGGUCGAGGGGAUACGCAUCGAGCGCGAGGAACCACCGCCCGCCCCCAAGGGGCCCGCAAGCGCAAGGAGAGAAGAGGGCGGCCCCAAGCGCACGGGGCCUACGAUCUGGAUAGACGAGAGAGAAGGAAGCGGCGAGUGCGAGUGCAGGGUCGAAAGCAUGUGUCUAAGCUGGUAUAGAGACCACGGCUGGAAAGGACAUCACUCCGAAGGAGGCAUUGUUCGGACAUUAUUCGGCUACCUUUUCUACGACAUCAUCUUCACCUACGUCCCCAAUGUAUUCCAGACCGUCUUCCAAACCUGCCCGCUAGACCUGCACACCGACGCCUUCUACCCCUCGCGCGCAUCCGAGAUCAACCACCGCCUCGUGGAAAUCACGAACGGGGGCUCCGAGCGCAUCGUCCGUGAUAUCCACGCCCGACACUCCGCGCGCCAGCCCUGCGCCAUCGGCAUCGACUGGGCAUUUCAGCUUGACGACCUCGUGGAGAUCGUGCAGUGUUUCCGCGGCGAGGCCCUCGCUGUGAUAUGCAAGAUCAUGGCAGAGGAGUACCGGCAGCGUGGUGGCGGGAUCCCGGAUCUCUUGCUUUGGAGCGUCGAUCGGAAAGAGGUUAUGUUUGUGGAAGUCAAGUCGGAGAAUGAUCGGCUGAGCGAUACCCAGAGGCUGUGGAUUCAUGUUUUGGUGGGUGCCGGCGUGAAGGUUGAGCUUUGCAAUGCUGUUGCAAGGGAGGUCAGG